AUGGCCUCUCUGCAGGAUACGAGAGAUCAGGCUGUCAGCGAGGCAAAGGAGCUGCGGUUACAAUUAGAUGAGAUAAACCAGACAGGCUAUUCACCGUCUCCCACUGUUGGCUCGAAAGGAGAAGUGUGGAGCCUAAAAAAUGCACUUUCGGCACUGCAGAAUGACAGGGAGAGGAUGUUGGAACAGCUACGGUUGCAGCGUGCUGAACUCGAUCGACUUGGCUCAGGUGAACUGUCCAGGAUUUCUCAGGUUCUUGAGGAAGAGAGAAGAAUGGCAGGGGACAGAGAGAAGCUCUUGUCAGAGCUGAGAGACAGAGACUCUCAGAUGGAGAGAGAUAAGCAGGAACUGGAGAUGCUCAGGUUAGAGAGGAUGGACUGGCAGAGCCAGGCUGAGGUCCUGAAGCAACAGACCCUCACUGCCCUCUCAGACAGGGACCAAGAGCUGCGGCAACUUACCUCUAUGCUGGAGGAGGCGCGGGCAUCAAAACAACGGCACGAAUACACGCAGAGACAGGGAAGUCUGGCUGUAGACGCUGCCCCUGGUGGCCCUCUAGAGCACAAUGAGGGAUAUAAAGCAGAGUGUAUUGAACUCCAGAAAAGGCUGGAUGAAGAGACAGAACAGCGACUGAGAGUAGAGGAGCAGCUCAUUGCUGCCCAGGAUCAUAUCAAAAGUUUCACACAAGGGGAGUGGCAGACAGCAACUGAAAGGAUGUCAGAGACUGCUGUCCUGAUUGAGCCACCAGAGGGCGCCAUUACACGGACUCGCAGUGGUGGACCCGGGCUGCUGCGGAUGCUGCGAGUAGCGUUCUGCUCUCGUCAGCGGACCCCUCUGCUGUUGUCAUUCUAUCUGCUGACCGUUCACGUUCUGUUGCUGCUAUGCAUUGGAGGAUACCUUUGAGACACGGCAUGUUUUACUGAGAGAGAAAGAAAGUUACAUAUUCAUUUACUUAUCAUUAAAAACAUAUUGACAAACACAUAUUUAUCCAAUUUACAGUUUUACAAAAACAUGCCUCUGGUCUUAUUUACCAAAAUUACAGCUAAUCUGCUAUAUUGUUCAGAAUGCUUUUUGUCGAAAUCAAUUCCACCUACUUUGGGAGCUCGGUGAAAACUAGCAACACUACACAACCUAGUGCACUUCCUUAUGAACAUUAUUUUACAGAUAAGAAGUUUCUCAUCAAUGAAGGAAUAUUUAAAUAUAUUUUGUAAAAUGAAAAUGGAAGUUGACGCUGUACAGGAUCAAUGGUUUUUCUUGACACAUUAGAAUCAUACAUUGGUUUUCAUCUCCAGUUUUCUCUCUAAUGGGGUUUUUAUGGACAUCUUGAAUAACAUUUUCUAACAGGCACUCCAGCUUCCUGUAAUUUGUUUAAUUGUUAUUGUUUUAAUUAAUUAAAUGGAAACAUUCAGAUGUAUUAGAAUAGUGGAUACAAAUACUGUACAUCUCUGCUAGACGAGACACGGCUAAAUUCUUUCAGAAACAGUCUGAGCGUGUCUUAGUCAGCUUGGUGCAAUACUGUCAUUUAUGUUUGGUUAUUUUAAUCUGUAUUUUUUUGUUGUUGGUUUAUUUGUUUGCUAUUUUGGUGUAUUUGGUUUGGUUAGUUGUAACACACUACACUAUGUUCAGUCUGGACUACUAUUCCAUUUAAUCGCUCUUGAUGACUUAAAUCAAAGUCCUUGGUUUAAACUCUGCUAUUCAUGUGAACAGCAAUUUGUUUGACAUAUUUUUUCCUGUUGUAAAAUAUAAGCGCCUGUGCUCAGCUUUCAUGUCUUUUUUUUUUAGCCAGAAUCAACGGACUUCCUAUGAUGACGCCACUACUGUCAAUAUUGAUCUGUUAAGGCUGUACUGGGCUGCAGUAGAUUGUGAUUAAAUGAAAAUGUCUCGAUUUACAGUGAGAUUUUAAGCACAGCCCAAUGAGUGUUUUAUCUUUAAAAUCUGUGUAAAUGAUCCUCUCCCUCCUUUGACCCUGUUAUAGGGGCUAUUUUUUGGAAAUAAAGUUUAUUUAUGGGACCACA